AAAGGUAAUAUAAUAACUCCAAAAUCGAUACUUGAUACAUACGGUGCAGAUGUAGUGCGUUAUUGGACAGCAGACUGAAGGCUUGGAGUUGAUACAGUCUACUCUGAAAACAUACUCAAAAUUGGCAAGUGCCUGGUUACAAAACUUUUCAAUGCCAGCAAGUUUGUUUCUAAUUCAUGGAAAGGUAUCCAGAUGAGAUAGUGGAUCAAUAGAUACUGUCUAAACUAUAUAAAGUUAUAGCAACGAAUAACUUAUUACAAUUUGAAUACUGUGAAGCUUUGGGUGCAGUAGAAGGAUUUUUUUGGAAAGACUUUUGUGACAAUCACUUGGAAUUAGCAACAAACAACAAGUGCAUAUGGAGAUAAAGUAAGCAGCGAGGCAAAGUUUGACAUAUGUGUUGAAUACUACUUUGCGGUUAUUUGCUUUGCACCUUCUCUGCCAUACAUUACUGAACAAAUAUAUCACCAACUAUAGCUGUAAUUCUGUGCACAGUCGAAUUGGCCGAAUAAGGAAGGAGGAGCUUAUCUAUGAUAAGCAUUCUGAAGAAAUGGGAGAUAUUCAUGUAGAUAGAUAUUAAACCACGUGAGGAAAAUAAAAGCAAAUGUAAAGUUGAAUCAGUCGGCGCAGAAUGAUUUACAGACAGCCCGCAAUGCCGAAAUGAUAGAAUGGAGUGAAAACGCACAAGAGGACUUA